AUGACUAUGCUAGCUAAUUUUAUUGUUGUUGCUGACCAAUUGGUUCAAUUUCAAUCUUCCUAUCAGGAACUUCCUAUUGUGGACAAAUCCAUUACCUACUUAGAAACCUCUAAGGAGGAAUUAAAGAUAAUUUGGUCAAAUAUUAAAUCAUGCUAUAGUGCUUGUGUAGCAGAAGAUGAUCAGGAAAACAUAGAAUCUAUUAAAGCUAAAUAUAGGACUUCGUCAAAUACAUAUAUAACUAUUCUAAGUGAAAUUAUAGACGAAUGCAACAAAUUGAAACUGAUCAAAGAAGACGAGGAAAAACUAAGGUUGAAUGCGAUUUCAAACAACAAUAAUCCGUGUAUAAAAGUUCCGCCUUGUGACACAGAGAUUUUCUUUGGAGAUUAUCUGACUUGGCCCUCGUUUCGUGACAUGUUCACUGCGGUAUAUAUAAACCAUCCGAAACUUUGCGCGGUUCAAAAACUCUUUCAUCUCCGUGCGAAGACAAAAGGCGAAGCUUAUAGUAUAGUUUCGAAAUUUCCCCUUACAGAAGAAAAUUUUGAAUUGGCCUGGAAGGCACUUUCUGAUCAAUAUGAAAAUCGCAGAAUCUUAGUAAACAAUCAAAUAAAAACUCUUUUUAACCUUCCUGUUUUAACAGCUGAAUCUGGCAAAGAUAUAAGAGAUUUACAAAGGAAUAUUAAUGACUGCUUGUCGAUUUUAAAGGCCCAUCAUCUGUCGAUAGACUCUUGGGACCCUAUUCUGGUUUACCUCUGCUCAAAUCGACUUCCUGAAAGUACACUUUCUUUAUGGGAGCAGGUAAUUAAAAGUCCACGUGAUAUUCCCAAGUGGGAUGAGAUGGAUACUUUCCUUACUAAUAGGUACAGGGCACUAGAAACCGUAUCCGAUCUUAAGUUUUCUUCAAAACCUAAAGCCCAAACUUACAAACCGCAAUCUUCUCAGCUUAAUCAAAAACAAAGGCAUAAGGCUUUUCAUACAAAAAUUUAUAACUUUAGCUGCAAAUUGUGCCAAGAUUCUCACCCUCUUCGACUGUGUCCUAAGUUUUUAGAAAUGAAUGUAGAUGAAAGGAUUUCUAAAGUUGUCGCUUUAAAAUUUUGCCAAAAUUGUUUAUCGCCUUCUCACGAAGUUAAAACUUGUAAAAGCAAUUAUCAUUGCACAGUGUGUAAAAAGAGGCAUCAUUCACUCUUACACAACUCACAUGUUCAAACUCAGUCCGUUUUAUCAACUUCUACCCCCGAAUUUAAACCACAACCAAUACAGUCUACUGCACCUAUCAGUUCUCAUCAAGUUAAUUCUAGUUUUGCUCAAAACAAUCAACGAAUCCUUUUGGCCACAGCCUUGAUUAAUAUCUUUCAUUUAGGAAAUACGCACACUUUACGAGCGCUUAUUGAUAGUGGCUCAGAAGUAACAUUAUUAUCUGAAGAGACUCAACGAAAAUUAAGAUUGCCAAUAAAACCAAUUCAAGCACAGAUUACAGGUAUGAGUACCGUUGUUACUGCACAUUCUACAAAACUGUGCACCCUCUGCAUCGGGUCUAAGUAUAUACCAUCUUUUACAUUAAGUGCAAACGCAAUUGUAUUGGAAAAACUAACCGAUGAUUUGCCCUCGUGUUUAAUACUUCCUGAAGAAGUUACAGAUCCUCUCGAUUUCAAUCUUGCAGAUCCAUAUUUUUAUGAGAGCUCUAAGAUAGAUAUAGUCAUAGGUUCUGACUUAUACCCUUCAAUUAUUAGCGAAGGUGUCAAACGUGACAUUUUCGGAUCACUUAUUGCUCAGAAUACCAUAUCUGGCUGGGUACUUUCCGGUCCACUUAGGCACGAAAGACUCAAAUGCAAUACAACUAUUCUAUCUCAUUUUUAUGAAACUUCAAUCGAUGAACAAAUCUCAAAAUUUUGGGAGAUCGAAGAGAUUCCUGACAAACCAAUUCCUUCUCAUGAAGAUGAAAUUUGCGAACGUUUGUAUUCUGAGACAACAACCAGAAACGCUAAAGGUCGUUAUAUUGUACGCCUUCCAUUUAAAAACUCAAUUUCAACCCUCGGACAUUCAAGAAACAUUGCUCUAAAGCAAUUUAUUCGCAUGGAAAAUUCGUUAAAAAAAAAUCCAGAGUUUCAUGGAAAAUAUAAUGAGGUCCUUGAAGAAUAUGCCACAUUAGGGCAUAUGAAGUUUGUUCCAUCUGAGGAACUUAUAAAAAACAACCAAAUCUGUUCUUAUUAUCUACCACACCAUUCUAUAAUAAAGGCUGAUAGUACCACAACCAAGAUCAGAGUCGUUUUUAAUGCUUCUAGCGUAUCAACUAAUGGAACUAGUCUCAACGACAUAUUAUAUACAGGGCCAUCCUUACAAAGUAACCUCAUGACUCUUAUUUUAAAAUGGCGGUUUUACCAAUUUGUUUUCAACGCGGACAUCGAAAAGAUGUACCGCCAAAUACUUGUCCAUCCCGAAGACACUACAUACCAAAGAAUUUUAUUCCGUAGAUCGGGGGAUAGCAAUAUUGAAGACUGUGAGCUUAAGACCGUUACCUUUGGUGUUAACUGCGCGCCUUAUUUAGCUAUUCGUACACUCUUACAAUUGGCAGAUGACGUGCAACAAACUUUUCCUCUCGCUUCUGCUAUCCUUAAAAAUGAAUUUUAUGUUGACGAUGCUCUGUCCGGAGCCCAUGACAUUGCAACUGCUUUAGAGGCACAACGUCAACUCUCUGAAGCUUUAAGUUCAGCUGGAUUUUCUUUACGGAAAUGGACAUCAAACUGCGCAGAUUUGAUUAAGCGUAUUCCUGCUUCAGAUCGUUAUGAUCAAGAUUUUCUUAAAUUAGAAGAUAGAAGCAUUUCUAAAACACUUGGAAUCAAGUGGAAUGCGAAGUCCGAUUCUUUUCAUUUCUCCUUCCAAGCAUUGAAGGAAGAUUAUCUUUUAACCAAAAGAGCAGUUCUCUCGAUAAUUUCGAGACUUUUUGAUCCCGCAGGAUGUUUAGCUCCCAUAAUCAUCACUGCGAAAAUCAUAAUGCAGCAAAUUUGGCGUGAUGGGACGUCCUGGGACACACCCCUUGUGCCCCUAACGUGUCACCGCUGGAAGGUCUUCUUCGCUAAUCUUCCUGAGAUAAGCAAUAUUCAAGUACCUCGAUGGAUAGAUUACAAACCAGCAAUUCCAAUCCAAAUUCAUGGAUUUUCUGACGCCUCCGAGCAAGCUUAUUCAGCAGCCUUUUACAUACGAGUCCAGCAUAGCGAAAACAGUUGGUCUUGUCAUCUUUUAUGCUGCAAAAGCAAAGUUGCUCCAGUAAAACAGUUGGCUCUGCCAAGGCUUGAACUAUGUGGGGCCGUCUUAUUAUCUAACCUUUAUAAAAAGGCUAUAACUGAACUUGCCUGUUCACAACAUGAAUUAUUUUUAUGGACAGAUAGCUCUAUUGUAUUGUCAUGGCUAAACAAACCACCAUAUACAUGGAAAACCUUUGUUGGCAAUAGAGUUUCACAAAUUCAAACAAAUACUCCCAACGCAAAAUGGAACCACGUUCGAUCAGUGGAUAAUCCAGCUGACCUACCAACACGCGGCUUAUCUCCCAAGGAACUUCAGUCGAGUAACUUAUGGUGGCAUGGACCAUCAUGGCUCUGUCAAUCUUCAUAUGAGUGGCCUAAAUCUGAACUAAACCACAUUGAAAACAUUAAUCUUGAAGAAAGACCUUUGAAAUCAUACCAAACAUCCUUAAAACCGAAUGUCGAUAACAUCGUAGAAAGAUUUUCGUCUUGGCCAAAGACCUUACGUGUAGUUUGUUACAUACUUAGAUUUUUUCAAAGAACCCAUGGCCCUCUGAGAAAAAACUUUUCGUACUCAUCUCUAAUAAUAAACCAAGAUGAAAUAACUAAUGCUAGAAAUCGACUUAUUCGCUUAACUCAAUCGAUUUAUUUUCACGAAGAAUAUCAAGCUCUUUCAAAAGGUGAACUUAUCCCACGGAAAAGUUCCUUAGCUUCUCUUAAUCCCAUGAUAGAUCAAAACCAAAUAAUGCGUUCCAAUAGCAGACUAACAUCAUCCACUCUUUCUUUUAACGAGAAGUAUCCAAUUAUCUUACCUUAUCAAGCAAAAAUAUCACUGCUUCUUGUUGAAUUUGUGCAUGAUAUAUCACUUCACGGUGGAAAUCAACUAGUGGUGCGCUUGAUAAGAUGUGAGUUUUGGAUACCAAAAAUUAAAAAUCUGGUGAAAAAACAUAUUAAGUCCUGUAAAGAAUGCAUUAUCCACAAAAAACAAACGCAAAGUCAGAUUAUGGCUGCACUACCCCUUGAAAGAACCCAAAUCUCAUCACCUUUUACUGUCACGGGCUUGGAUUUUGCAGGCCCCUUUUUAAUAAAAAGUUUCGCUGGACGAAACUAUCGAACCACGAAAGGGUAUGUCUGUCUCUUCGUAUGCUUUGCUACCAAAGCAAUACAUCUGGAAGCUACAAGUGACUUGACGUCCCAAGCAUUUUUAGCGGCCUUGAAUAGAUUCAUUGCGCGACGAGGUAUCCCUAAGACGAUAUAUUCAGAUAAUGGAACAAACUUAGUGGGAGCCAGUAAAAUUCUGGCAAACGAUUUUAAGAAAUUCAUUACUUCUCUUUCUCCAGAAGUUUCACGGCAAUAUAAAAAUAGAAAUCUUGAAUGGAAAUUCAUUCCCCCCGGUGCACCUCAUAUGGGGGGUUUAUGGGAGGCUGGGGUAAAAAGCUUCAAGCUUCACUUUAGGAAAGUUGCAGGUACUAAUAAGCUUACUUUUGAAGAGUUUUCGACUCUUCUUACCAGAAUUGAAGCUUGCUUAAACUCCAGGCCCAUCUCCUCCAUAUCAGAAAAUGCAACCGACAUUCCUCCAUUAACUCCAGGUCAUUUCCUCAGAGGAGGACCUCUAUUAACUCCUCUAGAACCUGCUUCAGAUGAAAGCUCCCUAAGCUGUGUUAAACGAUGGGAAAAGGUUCAAGUUUUGCAUCAACAAUUCUGUCAACGAUGGAAAAACGAAUAUUUAAAGGAAAUGAACAAAAGAUAUAAGUGGAAAUUUCCCAACAGAAAUAUAACAAUCGAUGAUCUAGUUGUCAUAAGAGAUGAAAAUCUUCCCCCAAAUGAAUGGCGUUUAGGUCGAGUAGUUAAGGUCCAUCAGGGAUCAGAUAGUCGAGUACGUGUCGUGGAUAUAAGAACUCAGAAUGGAGUUAUAACCCGUCCAAUAGUGAAACUUUGUGUAUUACUACCAUCUUAA